AUGUCCGAGCCCAGCUCGACCUUGCCUCUCGAGCUCAACCACGACACACCAACCGCGCCGGAUCCACCCGCCGCCGCGAGCGUGCCGCAGCCUCCACCAGCACCGGACGAUGACGGCGGCGAUGAAGAGGGGGGCGAGGCCCGCGUCUCGCACGAGGACAAGGGCAAGGGCAAGGCGCAGCAGGACCAGCUUGACCGCUACAGCUGUCACAUCUGCCUCGACGUGCCCUCUGAGCCUGUCGUGACGCCAUGUGGUCACCUGCACUGCUGGCCCUGCAUGCACGAGUGGCUCGUCGAGUCGAACGGCCGAGCGUGCCCCGUGUGCAAGGCGCCUCUGACGGUCGACAAGCUCGUGCCGAUCUAUGCCGGCUCGGGCGACGAGACGGACCCUCGCUCGAAGCCGAUCCCUCCACGACCUCGACCCGCAGGCUCGACCGCCGCCGCCCCAGCCUACCGCUCCACCUCGAGCGGCUCGUCCUUCUCGCUCCAAGCCGGCCUCUUCCCCCUCCCCGGCCUCUCGCUCGGCUUCUCGUGGCCCCCGCCCCCCGCAGGCGACGCCGGACCUGCCCCAGGCCACCCCGCCGUGAUCGUCGACGGCGACCCGGACUCGGGCGCGCCCUUCUACGUCGCGCAGCCCGCGACGCUCGUGCGCAGGGCGGCACAGCCCGUCGACUGGCGCACGGCCCUCAUGCAGCAGGCUUUCAUGGUCCUCUUCUUUGCCGUGUUUGUAGCCAUCACGUUCGCCGGUGCAGAGUGAGCAAUGUACGAGUCG